CCAUUGCUGCCCUCUCUGUUACUGUCAUAGAGCAGGGAACUUCCAGCUCUUGUCUCACUGAAUGUCUUGAAGGUGACUCAUUUAGCUAUCCUUCCCACCACAGAAAGAAGGAAGAUGCAAUCUCCAGAAAGCAGUGUCACAUCCUAAAUAGUAAGAUGAAACAAGGUCUCUUGCCCAGCUUGGAAGAUUUGCUGUUCUAUACGAUUGCAGAAGGGCAAGAAAAAAUUCCAGUUCAUAAGUUCAUUACUGCACUCAAAUCUACAGGAUUGCGUACGUCUGAUCCCCGGUUGAAAGAGUGCAUGGAUAUGUUAAGGCUAACUCUUCAAACGACUUCUGAUGGUGUCAUGCUGGACAAAGACCUUUUUAAAAAGUGUGUACAAAGCAACAUUGUGUUGCUUACUCAGGCCUUUAGGCGGAAGUUUGUCAUUCCAGACUUUAUGUCAUUUACUUCACACAUUGAUGAGCUGUAUGAAAGUGCUAAAAAACAAUCUGGAGGACAGGUUGCUGACUAUAUUCCACAAUUGGCCAAGUUCAGCCCUGAUUUGUGGGGAGUGUCACUUUGCACAGUGGAUGGACAAAGGCAUUCUGUUGGAGAUACCAAAGUCCCCUUUUGUCUUCAGUCCUGUGUAAAGCCUUUGAAAUAUGCUGUUGCUGUUAAUGAUCUAGGCACAGAGUAUGUGCACAGAUACGUUGGUAAAGAGCCUAGCGGAUUAAGAUUCAACAAACUGUUCCUGAAUGAAGAUGACAAGCCUCACAAUCCUAUGGUGAAUGCUGGAGCAAUUGUGAUCACUUCUUUAAUCAAGCAAGGAGCAAAUAAUGCAGAAAAAUUUGACUAUAUGAUGCAGUUUAUGAAUAAUAUGGCUGGUAACGAGUAUGUUGGAUUCAGUAAUGCCACGUUCCAGUCUGAAAGAGAGAGUGGAGAUCGAAACUUUGCAAUUGGCUAUUACCUGAAAGAAAAGAAGUGUUUUCCAGAAGGCACAGAUAUGGUUGCUGUGUUAGACUUCUACUUUCAGCUUUGUUCAAUUGAAGUGACCUGUGAAUCGGCUAGUGUGAUGGCAGCAACUCUGGCUAAUGGUGGCUUUUGCCCAAUUACUGGUGAAAGAGUACUGAGCCCUGAAGCAGUCCGGAAUACUUUGAGUUUAAUGCAUUCCUGUGGCAUGUAUGACUUCUCAGGACAGUUUGCCUUCCACGUUGGUCUUCCUGCAAAAUCUGGAGUUGCUGGUGGCAUUCUUUUGGUUGUUCCGAAUGUUAUGGGUUUGAUGUGCUGGUCACCUCCUUUGGACAAAAUGGGCAACAGCGUUAAAGGGAUUCACUUAUGUCAUGAUCUGGUUUCUUUGUGCAAUUUCCAUAAUUAUGAUAACUUGAGGCACUUUGCAAAGAAGCUUGAUCCUCGCAGAGAAGGUGGUGAUCAGCGGGUAAAGUCUGUGAUAAAUCUGCUCUUUGCUGCUUACACUGGGGAUGUAUCUGCACUCAGAAGAUUUGCUUUGUCAGGUAUGGAUAUGGAGCAAAGAGAUUAUGAUUCACGAACAGCAUUGCAUGUAGCAGCUGCAGAAGGUCAUGUGGAAGUAAUUAAAUUUUUGCUGGAAGCCUGCAAAGUGAAUCCUUUCCCCAAAGACAGAUGGAAUAACACUCCUAUGGAUGAAGCUUUACAUUUUGGACACCAUGAUGUAUUUAAAAUUCUUCAAGAAUUCCAGAUUCAAUACACACCUCCAGAGGAUUCCAGCAAUGGAAAGGAAAAUCAAACAGUUCAUAAAAAUCUAGAUGGUUUACUCUAACCAUCUUCAGCUAGAUCCCAAGAAUCAAAUAUCUUACCUAUGUUGUUGUGGAAAAUGAGUAUGAAGAGCGUGUGUAUUUCUGUCUGACAGUGGUGUAUAUUUUACAGAUUAUUUAUUUCAGUGUUACAGGAAUUUUCUUCAUGAUAUGCAGCAGACAAACCCAUCGCUCCAAAAAGCAAAAACAACCCUUAAAAAUCUCUCUCCAUAAUGUGAGCAAUAUUACCUCAUGUUACAUAUAAUUGAUGUAAAAGAAGUAUUAGCUGUUGAUAUCUUUACUGUGCACUACUUAAUUUAUUUUUGUGUUCUAUGUAUAUCUUCAACUGUAGUCAGGAAUUUUUCUGCUGAAUUUGCAUUUCUAAACAAAUCUCUUACAGUGUGGCCAAAGUGGAACCAUGCUGCUGCCAUGUGCAAGUGUCACUGUAGUUUUGCUAGAUUUCAGCAAGUUGUGGAUGCUGGUAUAGAUUUAGUUUGGGUUUGUGGAACAAGGAUCUGCACUUAUCUUUUUUUCCCUCAUUUUUUUUCCAUGCAGCCUUGUUUAACAUAGUCACUGUGUCACCUUGAUUGAUCAGUCCAUCAGACUUCACAGAAUGCUGACCACAACACACUGUUCAUGUUGCUCUAGCUCCUUCAGCCACACACUGACCCAACUGACAGUGGCACCAGACACCCAAUUGGCAUAGCGCACCACAGCCCAGAACCCCAGAGCUCAAGUGAGUCACCAUCCUCAGCCUCCCAGGUAGCUAGAAUUUCAGGUGUAUGCCACUACAAUCUGUUGUUUAUAUAAUGUAAAUCUCAAAAUGGUGACAUUUGCCAGUGGUCUUGGCUAAUUGUUCUUAAAGAUUUUUUUUUUCGGGGAAUCUGUUUUAAGGUUGGUUUGAUGACCAAAUGACAGGGGAAUAUAACUUGUGACAUUUUUUGAGCUUUUUCUUUCAAAUGCCCUCAUCUAGCCUCACUCUCUGUCCAUAUUCAGACAAUGAAGUGCUUUUUCUUUAGUUGGUGCUUCCACAGUAUUCAUAUAUAUGCAUUAUGGGGAAUCUUGUAGACUGCAAAAUAAUUUAUCUCAAUCUUAUGCUUUGUCCUUAGCUGCAACUGCACCAAAAACCAUUCAGGGGACUAUAAGUAUGUGAAAGACAAAAUACUUAACCAAAUAUUCUAAAUGAGUUAGGCGCACAAUAAAAAAGAUGAUGGAUUGAAAUAACUUAGAGAGGCAUAGAGCUAAUCAAAGCAUGAAGCAAGAUUGUAAUUAUGCCAAACUGUGGGUCUAAUGUUCUUUUUAGGCUGGCAUGAAUCUUCACGUUUUGUUGAAACUUCUGAAGUUCUACUGGUAUAAAACAGGUCAGAAAUCAGAAACAUACACAAAUCAAGUUGUUCAUUUGUAUGUAGACUGUUUCAUUUACCCUCAUCACUGUAUAGUCUGUGUCCUACAUACAUGAGUUACAAGGAAUUUAAAUCCAAACAUUCUAUUUUUGGAACCAUUAUAUUGUAUCAACUUCUUGCCCAAUGCAGCAAGCUGAUUACUGACACUUCCAUAUGAAAUCACAGAGUGAAGUCCCUUAAAAAAAACUGGGUAGGAGAGUGCCCAUUUUACAGUACUGAAAGUUGGUGAUAGUCAAGCAUCAGGCAGUGGAAUUGACACCAUUUAUGGGCACUGCACACAUCUCAUGCAUCUCAAAGAUAUGGCAGUAAUAAUUCAUCCAUAUAUCUCAAGAUGCCCACUGUGCACACGAGAAAACUAAGGCUUGGAGAGGUCACCUAGCAGGUCAGUGGCAGAGUCAAGUUAUGGAACCCAUGUCUCCUGCAGCCCACUCCAGUGCUCUAGUCACCAUGCACAUCACCUCCCCAUGGAAGAGAAAUCAAACAGAGGCACUUGAUAUUCAGCACAAGCAGUGGCCUAUCUAGCUCAUAAUAAAGAUGCUGUCUUCUAGUAAUUUGAAAACUUAAGUCCCUAAAAUCUGAUUAGUGAAAAAUGCUUGCCUGGCAUAAGUCAUGCUUUAUUCCCUCUUGAUCUGAUAUUACUGUUCUCAAGCUACUUUUUUGCUUCAAGUCAGUUAUUCACCGUAAGGCCUCAUGCCUUUUUAAAUUAGCCAUGCCUUGUGUUGCAUCCAUCUUCCUUCUUAACCAAGAACUGGAUGGAAUACCCUUUGAACCCUUCUUGGCCAGAGGAGGACACUGUUGAGAGCACAAGGCCCUGUCUCUGCUGCAUUCCUACGGAGGAUAAAACCAGGCAAACUAAAUCACACAUUUUCCUCUAUACAUUCUUAGAUCUACCUUAGGAAGUAAAAUUUCUCAGGUGGGGCUUCAGGGGUAUGGAUUUGGUCUCAAUCUACGAGACACUUCUAUUUGUCUCUCUCUGGGUUGCUAACAAAAUGUAUCCUCUGCUGGCUUAAAAAAAAGUCAGUGAUCUAUUUUGAUGAAAUCAGUCAAAUUUACUUUGCUCAGACAAUAAAUUUUCCAGAAGGUAGGUAGGUAGGUAUAUGCACUGAAAUAUAAAGGUAUUUUAAUUAACUAUCAGUGAGCUUAUGACUGUCCCUAAACCGAAUGCUUUUCUCCCCCAUAUUAAGAGCUUUUAGCAAGAUUUAUAGCACCGAUGCAUUUUUAUCAGGACAGUUUUGGUAAUAUUUUCCUCAUUGUACCAGGAGAUAUUAUUUUGCAAAGAUUGUGCCCAGUGGAAGCAGUGCAUUUAUUUAUAUAUGCAAUUAUUUAUAAAUGUUGUUCACUUGUUUGGCUGCUCAUCAUUGCUGGCACUGACACACACAUUUUAAUUUAAAUGGCUUAUCAAAUACUGCCAUCCUUAUGCUCCAAAGAGUUUUCUGUGCUGUCAUAUAUGUGCUUAUGUAUCACUGCAGCUAGAAAUGGUUAAGCUAACUUAAUGCUUUGUACAAAGAAAUAUUGUGCUGAUCUUAGCGUUAAUUAUCCCAGCUUUUUUGUGAAAAAUGUGAUGUAGUGGACUGAUACCUUUUUAGCUACAGAACUGGACAGUCAAUGAGUGUUUUCAUUGAUGCGAUACUAUCAGCAAUUGUGACUGAUUGAUGUGACAUUUUAGAUUUCUUACUGUGGGGAAUAGACAGUGAUGAAUGUAUUUGCUUUCAGCAAUUUCUUGUAAGUGAAUCUAAAUUUAAAAUUACUAGAGCUGUACUGGUUCUGAAAAUGAAAGAUAUUUAUUUUAAUGAAUAAAAUCCAGGUAUUAUUGCUUUUUACAGCACAAUUAAACAAGAAUACCAAAAAUUA